AUGUCGUCUCUCAAGCGAAAAGCACCUCCCACGUCCGCCAGCCAACCGAAAAGAAACGGCGACCUUACGUCCUUCUUCGGCCCUCCGAAAGUCACCCCCUCCACGGGCGGGACAUCCGUGACACAGACGACAAACACUUCAUCCAACACGACAGUCGAUCCGCCCCCAUUGAAAUUCGACAAGGAGAAAUGGGUGGCCAGCCUGACGGAGGAGCAGAAGAAACUGUUGAAACUCGAAAUCGACACGCUCGACCCGAGCUGGCUCGGACAGUUAAAGGAAGAAGUCACGUCGCCCAGUUUUCUGGACCUGAAGCGCUUCUUGCAGAAGGAGAUGGAUUCCAGGCAGAAGAUCUAUCCGCCGCUCGAAGACGUGUAUAGCUGGUCUCGUCACUGUCCUCUGCAUAAAGUGCGCGUAGUGGUUCUCGGCCAAGACCCCUACCACGGCCACAACCAAGCCCACGGGCUCUGCUUCUCCGUCCGGCCCCCGACACCUGCCCCGCCGUCUCUCAAGAACAUCUACAUUGCCAUCAAGAAAGACUAUCCCAACUUCAAUCCACCACCGAACAAGUCGGGCCUGCUCACCCCCUGGGCCGACCAGGGCGUCCUGCUGCUCAACACCUGCCUGACCGUGCGCGCCGGCCAGGCCAACUCGCACGCCAACCACGGUUGGGAGAAGUUCACGCAGAAAGUCAUCGACACGGUGGUCAAGGUCCGCACUCGUGGCGUCGUGUUUCUGGCUUGGGGCUCGCCGGCCCAGAAACGCUGCGAGAAGAUCACCGGGGCGCGUCACCUGGUUCUCAAAAGCGUCCAUCCGUCCCCGCUCAGCGCGCAUAAGGGCUUUUUCGACUGCGGCCAUUUCAAGAAGGCGAACGACUGGUUGGAAUCGCGCUAUGGUGCGGAAGGAGUGAUCGAUUGGAACCUGAAUGUUUCGCAUCCCAUCAAGGCGUCCCCGGUCCAGAGCCCGGUCGUGGUGACCGCGAGCCAGGAGAAAGAGAAGACGCCUGACGAGGACGGUCCGGUGACGGAACUGGCGGAGAAGAAACCCGGCGAGAAACUGCUGCAGCAGGACGAGUUUGAUGGCGAGGACGACGAAGAUGCCAUCGCCGCGUUGGAGGAGAUCGCCAAGCAAGAAGAUGAACAGAAUCUGAGGAGGCGAACAUGA